AUGGCUGUUUCUUUCCCGACUUCCAUCUUGUAUGAGAGCGGGUGCACUUCUUUGAUUGUUUUUUCUGUAGCCUGGUCCAAGAAACACCCUAAUUCAAUGUUCCAUCAAAAGGAAUCGUGGUACUCAGACAUAUCUCCUUUACCUCAAUUUGCUUCUAAUGAUGCUGGGAAGUUCCUUCUUUCUGCUCAAAGAUUUAGAUGCACAGCAUAUACAGAUGAUGCAUCAAAAGAUAGCACAUUCUAUGUUGGAAAGUUGAGAUCUAAUUUUUUGCGGACCAAGUUCACAUGUACAGCCCCAAAAUGCUGGUGCUAA